AUGCUAUUAAAGAAGUUGGUCAUUCUGACACUUUCCUUGGUAAACGUUUUAGCCUUAGAUAGUUUGACUAUUAAGCAAACAAAGAAAUUCACGUCAACUGUUUGCCCAACAUGCGUGACGUUCACCGAAACGACAACAACAGCACCUUUAUCUUCUUUGACUAUCAAAACUACAAAAAAAAUUACUUCAACCAUUUGCCCAACUUGCGUCACCAUUACGGAAUCUGAAAAUCUACCAUCGUCUACGCUGUUACCAAAUUCUGACAUCAUUUUCGAAACAACCCUUACUAAAACACAAUUGGAAACUAUCACAACUACUAUUGCUGUUACCGAAACGUUGUUCGAAACAGAUAUUGAAUCGAAAACUGUAGAUUUUACCAAUAUUUUAAAUGUUACAAAUACUAUAUUUGCCACACAAACUACCGAACUUACUCAGACUGCUCAAGUUACUCGAACUCAAAUCGUUACUGACACAACCAUAAUAACCGGAACUACUGAAGUUGCACAUACUCAGUAUAUUACAAUUAGCAAUAGAGUUACAGACACUUUAUUUACUACCCGUUAUUCAAAUGAGGAAAUAACUUCUACAGUAUUCGAAACUAUUACAAAACAAGUAACAGAUUUACAAACCAAAUUUGUCACUGCAACAUUAGAAGUAACUCAAAUGAAAGUAUCAACACUUACAUCAACAAUAGAUUACACAAGUGAAUUAACGGCAACAAAAGUAAUUACUAACACCAUUAAAGAAAUACAUGACAUUACAUCAACAAUUAAUAUCACCAGUACUAUUCCAAAGACUAUUUUUCAUACGAAUGAAGUUACUCAAUUCUCUACAAGAAUAAUCAAUGAAACAAUCACACAGCCAACAACUACUACAUUAGAAGUGACGUCAUAUGAUGUUAUUACAUUAACUCGUACAGAUAGCUUAACUGAAACGGAAACUUUUAUAUUGACUAAAACUACUGACUUAAUUGAGACCUUAACAAGUAAUAUCUUACAAACUUUAACUUAUCAAAAGACUGAAUACUUGACAAAAGAAGUUGAUAUUACUGAAACAUUUAAGACAACAGAAAUUAUGACUUUGACUCUAACAGAAAAUGAAACUUCUACUAUAUUAACUACUUUUACCUCUAUUUUGACCAGUAGCACUGAAUACGUUAUAACUAGUGUGGUUCCUCAAACCACUGACAUUAUACAAAUUAUUACUUCUUAUACAAUCAUUCCACAAACUUUAGAAGUGACAAAGACAGAUGAAGUAACAAAACCACAUGAAAUAACCCACGUAUUUACAAACAUAGAUGAAAAUACAAUUUAUAUGACAGACGUUGACCAGGUAACAAAAAUAAUUAAUAUUACUAGUUUUAUUCCUACGACGAGAACAGAUAUCCUGACACAAGUGACGACUCAGACGUUCAAUUCCACCAGGACGUAUGUUACUACCAGUACGAGUGAGACGAUUGUUCCUGUGACGACGACGUCUACUGAGACGAUCAAGACGACCGACAAGUCUAUGGAGGUGUAUACAUCUACCAUGCUAAUUCCGCGGACUAUGAAUGUUACCAGUACUGACACGAUUGAAUUGACCCGUACGACUUUGGUGCCUCAAACAGUCACUUCUACUAAUGUUGUGACCUCUACCAAUGUGAUGAACACUACCAUGGUGCUCACAUCUCAUACUACUACGACGAAUAUAUAUACAUCGGUCAGCAAUAAGUCAACUGCAGAACCAACCAAGUUGAUGAAUUCAAACGUUGUUGCAUUUCAGAAGACGAUGAACUACACUAAGCCUACCGUCUAUAUUACUGUAUCAACAAGAGCUAGUGUUAUUGAACAGGAGAGACCUGUAACUGUCACAUUAACUAAGCCAAUUACAUACGGGGUAACGGAAACAUAUACCCACAAUGUCGUUAGUACUAAGAUCAUUUCCUCGACGGUUAAUACUGACAUUAUUGAAACGAGCGCUCGUAAUUCGGAGGUUGUGUACACAACUAACACUAUAAAUUCAAAAACGAAUAUAUUAACUACGGCUCUGAUAACGAAUCCAACAGCGAAUGUCAAUGUUGGAUCCAUAUCGUCAUCAACAGGCAAGGUUACUGGCGGAACGACUGCUGCUCCUACUGGUUCAAUAUCGACCGGAUCAGUUAGGUAUUCGUCACAAGUAAGUUCAAUCGGGCCGGUCACCAUUUCCACAACUUAUGAAGGUAGUGGUUCCAAGAUUCACAAAUCAUUUUGGGCAUUAAUUUCAUUACCAUUCAUUUUUUUAUUAUGA